GAUUUUCAUUAACUAUGGUAUAUAUAUUCAUCUAUUGUAUAAAAGCCAAAAGCCCCAAAGACAAAUAAAUCAAAGAAAAUUUCCAAGAAGAUUGCAGACAGAAAGAAGAAUCCUCUCUUUGUUAAGGAAGCUAAGAAUUUUAGAAUUGGAAAUGAUGUUCAACCAAAACGUGAUUUAUCAAGAUAUGUGAGAUGGCCUCGUUACAUCCUCCUCCAUAGAUAAAAAAAGAUUUUAUUACAAAGAAUCAAAGUACCUGCAGCUAUCCAUUAAUUCAGCAAAACUCUUGAUAAAAACUAAAGUAAACUUCAUAAUCAAUUUUAAUAAUAGGUUCCAAAGUUUACUCUUUGUUAAAAAAAUACUCUCCAGAGACAAAGACCGAAAAAAAGCAAAGAUUAAUCAAAGCAGCAGAAUAAAAAACCUAAAAUUAAAAACCUGAUUCCAAAAAAGUAAAUGUUCUUAAAUUUGGAUUAAAUCAUGUGACAACCCUUGUCGAAACCAAAAAAGCUAAAUUAGUUCUCAUUGCCUAUGAUGUCGAUCCAAUUGAAUUAGUAGUUUGGUUGCCACAAUUAUGCAGAAGGUAAGAAGUACCAUUUGCAUUUGUUAAAAGUAAAAAUAUGUUUUUCUAUAUUUUCUAGAUAAGGCUAGAUUGGGGGCCUUGGUUCAUUAAAAAACUGCCACUUGUGUAGCAUUGACUGAAGUGAGAAAGGAAGAUUAAGCUGAAUUUGAUAACUUAGUAUACGAUUAUAUAAUAUGUUAAGGCUAGAGACUUAAGAUAACACUAUAACGAGAAUCAUGAAUUAUUGAGAACCAUAGGAGGUGGUCAAGUCGGAAUCAAGUCUAGACAUUAAUAAGAGGCUUUGAAGAAGGCUUUCGAGAUAGAGGAACUCAAAAAAACAAGUUAAUGAUGUGUAUUAU